GGGCAUGACUCGAGGGCUACCGCCCUUGUCGUCUCCUCCGAUGGGCGGUGGGUAGCGACAGCGUCCCGGGAUUCAACCAUUAUCCUUUGGGAUGCCCGAGAUACAAAUAUCUCGCAAGAGUGGUUUUCCCAUGACCCAGGGGUCUGGUAUCUUGCAUUCUCACCAGACAGCCGAUACCUCGCGUCCGUAGGUGUAGAUGGGAAGGUGAUCAUCUGGGACAUCAGCCGCAGCUCACACCAAGUCACCGUUCUCGAAGGUUACACCACCCCCCUCAGAGGCUGCUCGUGGUCCGAGAGUGGUGCUUACAUCGCAGCUCUAGACAACGAUGGCACUAUACGACUCUGGGAUGGCCGAACAUUACAACCACUACCCCUUGACGGCGCCAACAAAAGACAGGAAGACAUGCUCUUAUUCUCUCCUGAUGGCCACUGGCUUUUUGCCCACAAUCUGGACAGCUCUGGCAUUUGGGAUGUUGCAUCUGGCACAUACCUCGCCCUCCAGCGAGGCGGGCCCGAUCAUCCCUGCAGCGCUGCAUUCAGUCGCUCGAGUACACGCGUCGCUGUUGGAUACUAUCGUGGGAGCAUCCACGUUUGGGAUAUAGCGGCUAGACGGGAGCCUCUGCUCUUAGAGGCGCAUGAAUCUUUCGUUCAUGAUGUGGUGUUUUCCCCCGAUGGUCGGCUACUCCUGUCGGCGUCAUGGGACAAGACGAUGAAGAUAUCGGAUGCACGCACAGGUGCCGUGGUCCGGUCGCUUGACGGACACAAGGGUCGGGUGCACAAGGCGUGCUUCUCCCCGUGCGGGAGGUACAUCGCCUCUGCAUCUGUUGACAAGACGGUGAGGGUGUGGAGGACGGGCGAUGGAUCGUGUUUGGCGACCCUUUCCGACCACGGUGAGGCGGUCUGGGAAGUCGCGUUCACCCCUGAUGGGACGAUGUUGUGGUCUGCAGCAGACAAUGGGACAGUUUGGGGUCGCCGUGUACAGGAUAUCGUUCCAGAUGAUUUUGAACUGUAG